AUGACAUCGGGAGUCGAAUCCGGGAUUCUGGGUGACAUCUUCGGCCAUCACCAUCACGAUGAUCAUCACCAUGACCACCACGAUCACCACGAUCAUCACGAUCACCACGACCAUGGACACUACCAUCAUCAUGACACACAUCAUUCUCAUCAUGAUCCCUAUCAUUAUAACCAUCAUACCUACAAUCAUCACUAUCCGCACUAUGACAAUCAUCACUAUCACCAUGAUUCGUAUCAUUAUGAUUAUCAUCAUCAUCACCAU